CCGAACCCGGAAGCUUUCCCGAGUCGGACGUGAGUGCUGUUCAUUCAGGCUGCUGCGAUUUAUACUGGUUACCGUUGAGAUAUACGUUCAUAUCGGGCGCCUGAUAUAUUUACCUGUAGGUAGAUUAAAGGAGAGCAAGCAUGGCUGGUCGGCUGCCGGCUUGUGUUGUUGACUGUGGCACAGGGUACACAAAGCUUGGUUAUGCAGGAAACACAGAACCACAGUUCAUCAUACCUUCAUGUAUCGCAAUCAAAGAAUCAGCCAAGGUCGGAGACCAGGCCCAGCGCAGGAUGAUGAAGGGUGUGGAUGACCUGGACUUCUUCAUCGGGGAUGAAGCCAUCGACAAACCAUCGUAUGCAACAAAGUGGCCCAUUCGUCAUGGGAUAGUGGAAGACUGGGACCUGAUGGAGAGAUUUAUGGAGCAGAUCAUCUUCAAGUAUCUGCGGGCAGAACCUGAAGACCAUUACUUUCUUUUGACAGAACCUCCCCUUAACACACCAGAAAACAGAGAGUACACAGCAGAGAUCAUGUUUGAGUCGUUCAACGUCCCAGGUCUCUACAUUGCCGUUCAGGCUGUCCUGGCGCUGGCUGCCUCCUGGACAUCCAGACAGGUUGGAGAGCGGACACUGACGGGGACUGUGAUCGACAGUGGAGACGGCGUCACACACGUCAUCCCAGUGGCUGAAGGCUACGUCAUCGGUAGCUGCAUUAAGCACAUCCCCAUCGCUGGUCGAGACAUUACAUACUUCAUCCAACAGCUGCUGAGGGAACGAGAGGUGGGGAUACCUCCGGAACAGUCCCUGGAGACGGCUAAAGCUGUCAAGGAACGGUUCAGCUAUGUCUGCCCUGACCUUGUUAAGGAGUUUAACAAGUACGACACUGACGGCUCCAAGUGGAUCAAACAGUACACAGGCGUCAACGCAAUCACCAAGAAGGAGUUCACCAUCGAUGUCGGCUACGAACGCUUCCUCGGGCCUGAGAUCUUUUUCCAUCCUGAGUUUGCCAAUCCAGAUUUCACCCAGCCAAUCUCAGAGGUGGUGGAUGAAGUCAUCCAGAACUGUCCCAUUGAUGUCAGGCGUCCACUGUACAAGAACAUCGUGCUCUCCGGGGGCUCCACCAUGUUCAGGGACUUUGGCAGACGCCUGCAGAGGGACCUCAAGAGGACUGUGGACGCACGUCUGAAAAUAAGCGAAGAGCUGAGCGGCGGCAAGUUGAAGCCGAAGCCCAUUGAUGUGCAAGUCAUCACUCACCACAUGCAGAGGUACGCUGUCUGGUUCGGAGGAUCCAUGCUGGCGUCUACUCCUGAGUUUUACCAAGUGUGUCACACUAAGAAAGAUUACGAGGAGAUCGGGCCGAGCAUCUGCCGCCACAACCCCGUAUUCGGAGUCAUGUCCUAGGCGCCGGGGGGGAGCGCAUUCAGCGGAGGCCGAGGAAAACGGAGGAAGCGCCGCAAGACCUCACAUGCUGUGGAAGUCCCAUGAGCCUUUGCACGGAUGCUCCGUCAGACCUGUUCAUUCGGAUAGAGCGACAGUGGACCAAACAAACUGCCAAAAGAGUGGCAACAAUCCUCGCAAAUUAGAGGAAAGAGGUGACUCAGCCCAAAGGAUCCUCAAAUAAAAUGUUUACUACAAGUAGGUUAAUAAUAGCUGAUAAAUCUUUAAUUUCUGUGUGCCUCGUAUAUGUACUUAUUCUAUCCUCACAGGGUUGUAAUAUGUAAUUAAUCAACAUGAGUCCUGUAUAAAUGCACUUCUCUGUGUAUAAGGGUUGGGUUCUUGCUAUAUGUUAUAUACUCUGAAAAAUGAAAACGUAGGGGUUGUUUCAAGAAGCAGAACAUGCUUAGCUAGAUCACCUCCACAAACAUCAUUGAGUAAAACACCUUUUUGAUCAUUAAGUCAUCAAAUGGGUGCAAACAUGCAAGACAUUGUUAUAAAAAAAAAAAAAAACAAUCACCAGACAAUUGACCAUUCCUGAUUUCCUUUCUUCUUUGUGUGUGUCUUUUUUUUUUU